GCGAGGAUGACGAGGGACGGGCGGGGGUCAACAGGCGUCGCGACGCGACGUUUGGAGGAAUUUUAACAUCACGACCAACGGUUCCCCCCGGGGGGUUGCUCCCGGGGUGAGAGGGAGAACUCCGGCGCCCCGCCCCAAGCCCCGCCGGUGCGCGCGGGGGGAAUAUCGGGUCACGCUCGUACCUCAAGAGCGGCGAUGCGGGUCCGAGCCAGCCUCUCGCGGUCGUUCGCGGCGCUCUCGCGCGCCCUCCAUCGCGCCGCGUCCCUCUCCCGCUCGGCGCGCUCGUGCGCGAGGUGGUUCGCGACCGUCUCGAGCUCCUCCCUGAGGCGGUCGGAUUCGAGCUCCGCCUGCCGCAGUCGCUCGCGCUCCCUCGCAGCCAUGGCGUCGGUCCACGCCCGUGCGUGCGAACGCCGCGGAAGGGCCGUGGACGGGGCAGCGCACGCGCAGUGUGACCGUCCGCAACCUUCCGUCCAGUGUGGAAAAAAAAUUGAUCGCCCGCGCCCUUCCUCGGCACAAGUACGCACGAGGUGCGUGCCGACCCGUGCACAGAGGCUGAGCCACCCACUCACACACGAACCCGGGUCGAGUGAAAUGCAAGCCGCGCACGCGCGUCUUCGCGCGCAUGUUCCACGCCGGACGCCGUCGCGCUCUUCGAACGCGCACCGGCGACGCGCGCUGCGGGUGCGGGCGGCGUCCGCGAAGGAUAAGGACGACGUCAUCGUCAUCGGUGCCGGGUGGGGCGGGCUGGCGGCCGCGAAGUGCCUGUGCGAGGCCGGAUGCUCGGUGACGCUCAUAGACGCCAUCGAUGAUCCCACCGGGGCGACGCCGAUGCUGACGAAGACCGGCAAGCCGUUCGAGCCCGGCACGCGCGGGUUCUGGAAGGACUAUCCCAACAUCGUCAGCUUGACGCGCGAGCUCGGCAUCGCCGAGGACGAGGCGUUCACGGAGUUUACCCCUAGCGCCUUCUGGUCCCCCGACGGCCUCGAGGCGACCGCUCCCGUCUUCGGCGACUCCCUCGCGCUUCCAUCGCCCCUCGGUCAGGUCUUCGCCACCUUCGACAACUUCAAGAGGCUCCCCCUCGCCGAUCGAGCAUCCAUGGUCGGCCUGCUCUACGCCAUGCUGGACCUCAACCGCGACGAGGCGACGUUCGAGGCGUACGACAGGCUCACCGCGCACGAGCUCUUCAUACGCAUGGGUCUGAGCAAGAGGCUCGUCGACGAUUUCAUCCGUCCCACUUUACUCGUCGGCCUGUUCAAGCCCCCCGAGGAACUCAGCGCCGCCGUCGUGAUGGAGCUGCUGUACUAUUACGCCCUGGCGCACCAGGACUCUUUCGACGUGCGAUGGAUCAAGACCAAGUCCAUCGCGGAGGUGCUCAUCGCGCCCUUAUGCGCGAAGCUGCAACGCGAGUACGGCCUGAAGGUGAUGGGCGGGACGUUCGUGAAUGAAGUGGACGUCGACGAGGGUGAGAGACGCGCCACCGCCGUGCGUUGGGUGAACAAGAGCGGCGAGGAGGGCGAGUUGGCGGGUGCCGACGCCGUCGUCUUCGCGUUGGGCGCCAAGGGCAUGAAGAGCGUCGUGUCGAACUCCCCGACGCUCGCGCGCGUGGCUCCCGAGUUCAGCGCGGCGGCGAGCCUCGGCGCCAUCGACGUCGUGGCGGUCCGGCUCUGGCUCGACCGCUUCGUCGCCGUCGAGCACCCCGCCAACGUCUUCUCGAGGUUCGAAGAGCUCAGGGGCGCGGGGGGCACGUUCUUCAUGCUGGACCAGCUGCAGAAGGACACCGAGGUGGAGCUGUGGGGCGGGAACGAGCCGCGCGGAUCCGUGGUCGCGUCGGACUUUUACAACGGCACCGCCAUCGCGUGCAUGAGCGACGAGGACAUCGUGGGCCUGCUCACGGAGCGGCUGUUACCGGCGGCUGUGCCCGGAUUUGCUGGGGCCAAGGCGCUCGACUACGAGGUUCGAAGGUAUCCCGGCGCGGUUUCGUGGUUCUCGCCGGGAUCGUACCCCAAGAGGCCGCCGCUGGAGACGUCGAUCGCGAACAUAGUGUGCGCGGGUGAUUGGGUUCGGAUGGGUGAGGCGGAACACGGCGCGAAGGGUCUGUGCCAGGAGCGCGCCUACGUCUCGGGCUUGGAGGCGGGAAACUCGCUUUUAAGGCGCGGGGUGGUGCGCGGGGGGGCGGGGCGAGGCCAUCCGGUGAUACCGAUCCGGCCGGACGAGGCGCAGGUGGUGUUCGGAAGGGCGCUGAACAAGCAAUUCAUGGACGCGGUCACGCCGUUCGGCCUGGCGUCGCCGUGGAUACGCUAGCUGAGCUACUAAGUUUAGGGCAUCAGAUGGGCAAUCGUAGCGGCUUUGGUCACGAAAUAACUGAAAAUUAAAUAUCAUCAUCAGUCCGCGGUCUUGCU